CCCGCAGUGCCCGGAUGUGAGUCGGACAACGGGAGGCUGGGGAAUUCUGUCACAAUAACGCAGUUUUAAAACUCACUUUUAUUAACUUAAAGCACUAGAAUAGUGCGCGUAUAGCAGCUGUUUACGUGCCGCAGCGCACAGGCUGUGUUUGGGCGCCGGUGUUCGCGCUGCUCGCCCGCAUUUCACAACUUGUUUCUGAGUUUGAAAAUGCGAGCAUCCCUGUUUAGCCGCCGUUAGCUUAGCAUUAGCAUCUCCGGAGCUGCUAUGAGAACAGCUGUGUGUGAGAAAACCCGCUGCCCGGAGCCGCUCUCGCCCCUGUAACACUAUGCAGACGGUGAAGUGUGUGGUGGUUGGUGAUGGAGCAGUGGGUAAGACCUGCCUGCUGAUUUCAUACACCACCAACACAUUCCCUGAGGAGUACAUCCCUACCGUCUUUGACAACUACAGCACUCAGACGUGCGUGGACGGUCGGGCAGUCAGCCUGAACCUCUGGGACACUGCCGGUCAGGAGGAGUACGACCGGCUGAGGACACUCUCGUACCCACAGACGCACGUCUUCAUCAUCUGCUUCUCCGUUGCCAGCCCGUCAUCCCAUGCCAACGUGCGGCAUAAGUGGCAUCCAGAGGUGAGCCACCACUGCCCAGGUGUGCCUGUGCUGCUGGUGGGCACCAAGCGUGACCUAAGAUCAGACCGGGAGACCCUGGAGCGUCUAAAGGAGCAAGGCCUAACCCCCACGACCCAGCAGCAGGGUGCUGCCUUGGCCCGUUCCAUUGGAGCUGUGCGCUAUCUGGAGUGCUCUGCGCUGCUACAGGAGGGCGUUCGUGAAGUGUUCAAUGAAGCCGUCAGAGCCGUGCUUUACCCCAACGCUAAGAAGCAGGCCAAGAAGUGUGUGCUCUUAUAACCACCACAGUAGCUACAUGUCCAUGUUCGUUCCACACGGUUGAUUUAAAGAAAUGCGUAAAAAAGUUAGUUUUUUUUAUUGUUUCCAUUAAUCUGACCUAUUUUUGCCAAGUAUCCCACUAGCUAGGACUCCCACUUCACACAAUGUUACCAGUUCUGGAAGUGUGCAGGCCGGCAAAUGGUUCUUCCUAGUCUUGUGAAACUUCAGCUCUUUUUCUCAAACUGCCACUAACACACCAACACUCUUGGAGAAGAACACUAACUGCCCAUUCUGUUAUGUCAGCUGGGUGAGGGGGAAGGGUUUGGGGGGUAGGGGGAUAAGCCCACCCACCCAGAGAGAGUGAUGCCACUCUGUGCCAUUUAGAGGUACCAGAUAGAAGUGCUUUACACAAUGUAAUUUCCUGAUACAAAGGAAUUUGGCUCAUGGAUAUGAAAAUCUCAGUUUUUUUUUUUAUCUCCAGGGACUUCUUUGGCAAAUUUGGCUAUUCUCCACAAUAUACAGAUCAGAACAUUUAUUUUAUUUGAUUACGUUUUUCUUCAUCAAAGCCCUUGGAUGAUACCUUGUCUCUGUAAGCUGUGCACAAGUGCACUUCUAAUCUUGGGACCCCACUUUUAUACACUACUUAGUGUGGGAGUGUGUGGUUUGGGAUGCAACCUUUUUAUGUGGUGGAAGUGAUUGAAACGUGUCAUCCAUUUUUUAAGUAAGUGUUGUAAAAGUACAAACCAAUGAUCAGGAAACAGUGAACUACAAUGCGCGUUAUAAAAAUGGCUUUGAUAGGAAAUGUUGCUAGCAUGUGUGUAAAUGUCUGCUAUAUGUUUGUGUGUGCAAGUGUAGGGCCAGAAAUAUCCCCUGCUCAAUCGAACAAAAUGAAUCACAGUAAGAAUGAAAUAUCGCAGUAUUUUCCAGCACUCUCUAUAAUGCCAUUCUGACAGACUGUAAUACACUACAUAAAGCACAGGGGGUGCUCUAUAAUGAACAUAUAAUGCUCACAGUCAUUCUGACUGAUUGCAAAACACUACAGGAAGCAUAGGGGGUGCUCUAAUAUGAUAAUUUAAUUCACACAGUCAUUCUGACUGAUUGUAAUACACUAUACAAAGCAGGAACUGCCCUCAAAUAUUCAUAUGGUCCUAAGUCAUUCUUGACAGGCUGUGAUACACUACAGAAAGCAUAGGGGGACCUAUAAUGGUGUUAUGAUUCUCAGUCAUUGUAAAAGACUGUAAUACACUAAAUGUAAUGCCCAUAUCAUCCACACUCUUAUUCUGACAUACUGUAAUACAAGAAGUGUAGAGGCGCUAUGUAGUGCUUGUUUUUUAUCACUACAAAAAGUCCAGCUGAAUAAAUUAAUUAUAAACUGUAUUAAACUGUUUGCCAAAUUGCAGUACAUAAAUAGUACUGAACAUUUCAUGAUAUUUGCAGCUCUAGUGCAAGCUGCUUUCUGCAUGUAGCAGCAGGGGGUGUUGUAGCGGGCAGUUUAUCCACUUUUUGUUUUUCCUCAUAGCAUCACACACUCUGGUAUAUUCAGUCAUAAAUAUGGGUAGAUCAAUUGUUUUAGGAUGGAAUUUAUACUGUGUGCAUAUAAACACAUCAAAGAAACAUAAGGCUGAAGAAAGCUAAAUAAACCCUACACCAUGACUCACUUUAUGACUGUGCAUAAAAAGCAAGAGUAAAGGGUGCCACCUAUGUGCUUCAGCUUUUGUUUAGCUGACCCUAAAAGUGCUUUCUGAUUGGCUCCUCCAACACUGUGACAUCACUGCAUCUGUCGCGCCCUUGCUUCAGUUCCAGUCGCCAAAGUGCAGAAGACAACAUCUCUAGUGGACUUACUGACUUUUUCUAGCCUGCAUUAAGGUGUCAGGUUGGCACUGCAGGGGAACUGUGCCUUCUGAACCAGGAAAUGCUUUCCAGUGCCAGUGCGUGCCUUUAGCCAUGCUCGCUCAGGUUUGAAUAAUGCCUUGUGGAUUUGGACGCUUGUCCUGAUCAUCGGUACAGCUUUCUUAGUGAGACUGCAAUGGAUGCCCUUCUGUGUUUCAGGUGCUUUGGGGAGAAAAAGAGUUUUGAACACACACUAAUGUUAUGAAGUGUUUUCCCUCUUUUAGUGAAGUUAAGGUUUUGAACAAGCACAAGCCCUUAGUAUCUUUGUUCUGUGUUUUUUUUACAUUGCAACUGGAGAUUCGCUCAGUUAAUUUAGUUGAUUCAGAAAUCUAAAAAGUAAUCUCCUAAAAAAUAUGUAAACACAUGUUUGUGAAAGUAUACUAAAUAGACUGACGUAUGUAGUUUAAACUACAUCAGUUUUCCAGAAAUAGAUAGAGAGUUGGAUGUGUUUUGGGAGAAAAGUUGAGAGACAAUUUGAUUGUCUUUUGAAUGUUUUUUGAUGUUUUUGCAAAUCAUUGACUGUCUGAAUCUAGUGUUUGGCAUCGUGAGCCUUGGAUCUCCUUUUGUAAAGUGAAGAAAUACACAUCAGAUACCAGAUGUCUUGGCUGAGGUCAGUGAUCAGUCAUGUUUAUUGUGGUUGUUCCCUAAACUGGUCCUUUAAACUACACAGAACAUGGAUUAGGAGCCAUGCCUGUGGAGCAGUGGGUUUUAUAUUUGCACAAUAGAAUGUAUGAUUUUAAAUAAGCACUGAAAAGUUUUGGAUCAAGUACACAAGGACAUGCAAUUGGACACAUCUGGUCAAAAUUAAGUAACUAAAGGAGUUAUAUUUGUGCAGGGGUUGCUGCACAGUAGAAGAGUGCACCACAUUUCUUGCUCCUUUCUUUUUUUUACCCAUUUUAAAAUCCUUAAACUUUACUACAGUAACAAAAGUUUUGACCAGGGGUUUGCAAAAUUGUGCAAGUUUUUGUUUUUCAUUAGUCAUUCACUUUAGUAAAUAAAUAGUAAGUCUUCAUUACAAUGUGCAGAAGUUUCUUUGUAGAGGGGGUGAUUUAUUUACACAGGUUAGCCCCACCCCCUUGCAAUGCAGUUCUUCAGCUUUGUACCAGUAGAUGGCCUUUUCACUCUUACGGCUAUAAGAUUAAACACAAUGAGACAGCAGUGAGAAGCUGCUCAGCCUUAAAACCAGUCCAGAUUUGUCACCAAUGUUUUUUUUGUACAAGAUUCAAUUAAAAUUAGCAGUGUUGUGUUUACAAUAUUUCACUUGCUGGAAUGAAAACCUGCCUUGCUAGGGUUUUUACACUGCCAUUACUUUUGCAAACCAGUAUAAAUGUGUUCAGAAACAAACGUUCUACGUGCCACGUUAAUUGUGUAGUUUUUGCAUUGGAGGGUGUGUGCAUGUGUUUUGAGUGUGUGCUAAGACUUGUAUGUAAGGUCCAAUCAGCAGCCUGAAGAGCAAACCAGCUUCAGCAGAUCUGGACUGCAUUCCAAUACUAUUGUCUAGGGUGCCAAAAAAAUAAAGUAUGCACUAUUUUCUCCCAAAGCAGAGGGUGUGUGCCAUUUGUACUGAACCACACACUCUCUCUUUUACCAGGUACUCAAAAUGACUUUUAGGUCCAGAUGUACUUUUUCAUGUCAGUGUAAAACAGAAAUUGCCUUGGCAUUUCAUCACAUAGAUAAAUGAACUUUUGGCAUGGUUUUAAACAAUGUUGCGAUCCGCAUCAUGUGUGUACCACAACAAUAAAACAUGUUAAAGCCUU